AUGAUACUACUUGCUGGUGAGCGACAACUCGCAACUGUUCGCUCUAAAACCUAUGAAAGCGAACGCAAUAUCACACAUGUGAUAAUUUCAAUUGCUAGUUCUUGGGCUUUUUCUGUUGGCGUGGUUUACUCUCUCAAAGCAUGUGUUGCCCGUGAUUUUAUAGUAGCGUUGCUAUAUUCAGCUGUGUUCGUAUCCGCUAUUGUGUGGAUGAUGCGUGUAAGGAAAAUGAAUGUUGCAAAAUGGAAAGGCCAUCGUGGUACUUUACAAUUUUCUCAGAGUUACCAGGUCCGCGAAAAUGUCACUUCGGCAACAUUUCUUUACAAGUGCUUUUUGAUAUACUCGGUUCAAGAAGUUCUCAGCUGGUUGUGUGCGUUGAUACACCUUACAUCUAGGGAUGUUAUAAAGGUGCCUAUAAUUGAGGAAACUUUUGGUUUUAUGUUCGACAUCAUAGUAGCCUUAGCAUCUACCACAUUGCCAUUAUCUAUCAUAAGAUAUAAUGAGAAAUCAAGAAAGCAAUUCCGAUGGCUUUUGCGUAAAAUUGGUGCCUACAAGAAUGAAGAAAACGCUGAGUCAUUUGUUGAUUUUGAAGGAAAACAAACAAGAAUAAAGGCAGCAGAUGAAACCUCAAUCUAUUUCAAUCAGUUCAAGGAAGCUUGGUCAUAA